AGCGAACUUUUCGCAAUGUUACCAGUUUUGAAGAAUAUAUUUCACAUGGAUCGGUUGUUAACGCGUACAUUCUUGAGGCUAUGUCCUGUUGAGAUAUAUGGAGAUCUUUUGAAGAACGGAUGCUUUUCUUGUCUGGAACUGUGCGUCACAAUGAGAAAGCUACUGCCCGAUACAAAAACAAGCAGUUCAUACACACAACGUUUUGUAAGUACAUUAAAAUAACAAAUAAAAGCAAAUUUCUACUUUUCUAUCAGAACUCAAUGUCUCCCAUUAUUAUAUCGUAUGCACGACAUUUCCCGCUAUGGAACACAAUACACGAAUAAGGAAUCCUACAAACCGUGUGAUUUUACAACACCUUAAUUCCCACUAUCGAAUUUGACUCGGAUUUGCGUGAUCACUGUUGUGUGUUCUUUCGCCGGAACAAUAAAUUAAUAUUGUUUAUAUAAUCACUCUAAAUAAGCAUGGACAAACCAAGACAGUUAGAAAAAAUGAAAUGUUUAUGUAUGCCUUACCGAACUUCUUGGCAAUUUUACAAAAUAAUUUGAUAUUUUUUGAAUAGCCUUCAAAUUCACACUAAAUAAAACGUUUUAAGAAUUAAGCCUGAUGCUCCAUGUCUAUAUAUAAACCAACACGAAUUUGGUAGGAAUCUGUCUUCAAGCAGUGUAUAAUAUUAGUCUUGUUUUAUUCAUUUUCAGGUAAAGGACCUGGCAUUAUUUUUUAAAGAAAUCAACCAAACCUUGUCAUGCUUGAGGUAUUAUCAUAUUAUCACUAAGUGUAUAGUCAAUUUUUGAAAGCCAUUUCAUGAGUAUAAACACUGCCACACAAGUUGCACAAAAGUAAUGUACAUAACACUCUGCAAUGCUGAAGAAAAAUCCCUGCAAGCUUGCUAAAACUAGGACCCACUUCUAAUUUGUGCAGUGCUUGAUGGAACUUGCUUGCAAGAAGUUUGUCCAUUAGAAGCAUUGUUAUAUAAGCCUACCUGUGUACUGAACGCAAUGGUUAAUGCGUACGACAUUUGCUAAAACCUGAAACGGAAGGAAACGAAGCAACCAGAACAACCGAAAUGAAAUUAUUGGAACCGGCAAAACAACUUGACCGGAACUGUAUCAAAACGACCGGAACCGUCAGAACAACCAAUGCAUUUUCUCAUUUGCUUUCGUUAAAAUGUAGUAUUUUUUGUGAAACAUUUGGUAAAAUAAACUUUUGGUCAAAUUGCAAGUAGGCCCUAUUUCAGCGAAAUUUCCCGGAAAAUUAUAUUACAAAAAGUUGAAAUUGUUAAAUUUGAAAUAAUGUUUAUAUUACAUUAGAGGUGUUUUAGACUAACUACAAUUCAGUGUCUAACAAAUAAAAAAUGAAAUUUUUAUUGACACAUGCAGGUGCCCAUCCUCCCACACUUUUCUAAAAUGGAAAAAGUGCACCUAUUUGGAUUGAAAGUGCCCUUUUUUCUGAAUUGAAAGUGUCUUUUUAAUGAUAUCAAUUUACGUUGGCAAAUUGCAUGUUCUAACUUUUAUACUAGGUACCAAAUUAUCUCGGAACGCAGUAAUUAACUCCAGCAAUUGUAGAAAUCUAGUAUUUAUAAAUUAAUUCAUGAAUUAUAAACUUUAUAAAUUUGGCUUUCCCUGCCUUUCUAUUCAGUUCUUUUACAGCUUCCAGAUAAACUCUAUAAAACGUGCUUUUCCAUGGGAAAAUACAAUUGGUUGACAGCAAAUGAAAAAACUAUCCAUCUUUCGGUUCCGCUUUGAUUAUUCCAGCAAUUCCAGUUGUUUCGUUUUAGUUAUUUCGAUGGUUUCGUGACGUAGACAAUUUGCGCGAGAAUUUGCAUCGUGUAUAGCCGCCUUGAGCAAGACGCUCAAUAUGUUACCAUAGGCUUAUGGAAAAAGACCGGCUGUAAAUUAUGAGAAAAGCACCUAUUAAUCUGUUUUGGAAACCAUAAAGUUUGUCACUACAUGUUUGUACAGUUUUACCUAAUCUCUUUACAUUGGUUCAAGAAAACGUUAUAAAAUUUUACCAAUACCAGCAUGAGAAGUAAAGCCCUUGUCUUUCUCGUACUUUCGUGAAGAUAGUAAACUCAAAUGAAGUUAACCUUACUUUUAAAAUAUUUCAAAUAUACUCUUUAAGACUUUUUUGCCGAAGAAAAACUUGGUACCGAACAAUCAAAUUAACGUCAUAUAGCAUUGUUUUAACCAAUACAAAGUCAAAAGCUUUAAAGUGUUAUUUUAGAAAUUUUAAAAUAUUUCCAAGUAAUACCAGUAAAAUUGUAUAAGAUUUUUCCUGUAUUGUUUUAGCCCCAAAGAAUUUCCAAAAGAACGAUUGCCAGAGACCUUGGUUUUACUUAAUAAUUUGGUGUACCUUGUUGAAAAUGUGAAACAACAUCUUAAACUUAGUGACGUUGAAGUACUUUGUCGCUUGUUCGAGUGUUUAAUAACUGCUAUGGUAUUACAAAAGAAUGGAAUUGACCUUCAAGAAGAAUCUGCAGUAGAAGAUCCGGAUAAGAACCUUUCCACGCCUUUCCAAUUGAAAGAUAUUCCAGAUAAAAUGUUAUCAAUUGUUCAAAAGCAGUUUCGACUUGUUGAAGGUUUCAUAGAUACGAGGCUUGCUGUUCGUCCAGUUGAAUAUAAUAAUGUUACAACAUGGAACCAGGAAUUGCACGUAAGUAGUUACUGUAUUCUAAAGCCUGGUUCACAUAUGCCUGCGGCAUGCCUGCGACUGUAUCAUUAUGCCUCUACUUGCCGCCGAAAUACCGGCAAAGUUGAACUCAACUCAACUUUCCCGGCCUACCGCCGAUGUAACUGAGGCACUGGAGGCAAUCGGCGAACAAAUGUUCACAUAAUUUACGUUUUAAAGCUAGCACCG